CUUUUCCCUUUUACUCCUUUUAUUUUCCAAAAUUGCUUCAGCAGAUAUGGAUUUGAAUCAGCUGGAGGCUUUUCUCACUGCCCAGACCAAAAAACAAGGUGGCAUCACAUCCGAUCAAGCUGCAGUCAUUGCAAAAUUUUGGAAGAACCACCGAAUAAAGAUCCACGAAAGCCUGAUCAAUCAAAGCUGUUGGGAGAAUGUCUUGAAAAACAUGAACUGGCGAGUGGAUUUGAAGUCACAGUCAAGACACAUUGAUCAGAUAAAUACUCCUGUUGCAAUAGUUGAAAUGGAACUGGGGAAAAAUGGGCAG